GUGGGGACGAAGCCUUGCCGAGGUUGCCUUGCCAAGAGCCGGAAUACGAUCGACAAGAAUAAGCAUUCCCAGAGAAGAUACAUCCCCGGUGAUCUAAUUUGACAGUAUUAUUUGGAAUUGGGGGGUACAGCAAAAAGGGAUAGCAAAAUAUGUCCCAUCAAUGUUUUGUGUCGUAUUGGCUUGCUAUCUUCAUUACGAAGGUAGAUCACCACCACUACCAGUUUUAGUGCGAUGCAGACAGUUGCAUAUAUCAAAACGAGUACACGAAUUCUUUUUACUUCUUCAAAUCGUCAUGACUGAGACAAAUAAUACGCGGGUACAUCGUGCAAUUUCUGCAAGCGAUCCGACAACGCGGCCAGUCUCUUGACCUUCAGCAGGUCGUGGCGAGAUGAGGCCACACAGAAAUACAGGAUGAAUACAGAGGGAACACAAUCUCAGCUCUUCUCAAUACAGGAAAAGGCAGACUAAAAUCUCAUGAAUCAGCCGAUUUUCUUGACUCCGACAGAUAUGCAAAGUUUCGAGAGGAGUCUCCUCGUCGUGAAGAACAGACACAUCCAUCUAUAAAUGGCAGGCAAAAUCUGGAAUCCAACCUCAGCAUGCGCUGUGAUAGGAAUCAUUCUUAAGUUCACCAACUUAUGGAAGUUGCAAUCCCAUGAUGAAUGUAUCGUCAAGAUGUUGAGGGUCAAGACGGUCACCAGCUGGAUUCCCAACCGGUAUUCAAUGCAUCAGAAGCAGAUCCAGAACUUGUUGAAACUCGACUGUCGUUCUUGGAGAUUGCCACGAAACAUGGGACUGACAAAGUCAAUCCGCAUCACUACAAUUACAUGUAUGAGAAGUAUUUAGACCCAAUUCGAGAUCAGCCUCUGAAGAUGCUGGAGAUUGGACUAGGCUGUAACAUGGCUUAUGGGCCAGGGAAAUCAUACUACACAUGGCUAGAAUUCCUCCCUCAUGUUGAUAUGUACUAUAUCGAGUACGACCGUGCUUGUGUGGAAAAGUGGUCUCAAGACAUGACAAACGUCAAAGUCUUCACAGGGGAUCAAUCCGACACUGCCUUCUUGGACAACUUCAUAUCCGCCUCUGGUGGAGGAUUUGAUGUGAUCAUCGACGACGGAGGACACUUCAUGAACCAGCAGAUCACAUCCUUCAACAAGCUAUUCCCAGUAGUCAAGCCUGGUGGCAUAUACUUUGUUGAGGACCUGGCGACGAGCUAUCAGGAAGGAUAUGGUGGGAAGAAAGGCUCGGGGACGAUGAUGGAGAUGGUACAAGAGCUUCUUGACGAUCUGAAUAGGAAGGUUGGCGGCCCGGCACUGAAAGAUGGGAAUACGGUCGGCCACGAGCUGAGGAGCGUCGAAUGUGGGGAAGAGAUUUGUGCGUUCUUCAAGAAGGGGUUGGGGAAGACGGAGAUCAGAUUGUAAACAGUCCGAAUUAUGCUCCGCUGGAGCUAAAGAUCCGGGUCAGUAAACUUGGCGUUUGAUAUUCAAGGUAAUGACGAGUUUUUGUCAUGGCAGAAUUGAGACCGGUUGUAAUAUUAAAGGAAUGGUCG